AUGGCCAAAGAACGCGAAUCAUUGUACAGAUUGGUUGAACUGUACAAGUCGCGCGAAAAGGAGAUGGAGACCAAGGACCUACGCCAAAAGUUUCGAGUGGCAAACCGAGUUGACGAACUCACGCACGAUAAUCAGCGAUUACAGGCACGUCUUGAGGAGGCGCAGACGCUGCUAGCGACAAUGGGUAUCGAAAGACGAACGCCGCCCGCAUCUACCUCUGCUCAACCAGUUCCAAGUACUCCAAAGUCAUCGUCAUCGAUAUCGUCGAGACCGACCAUAUUUGCUACGCCAAGCACCCCCCGAACGCUUACGUUUACUCCUGCGCCAAUAUCUCCGCUCAAAGGUGGGCUUGCAGUGGCGAGAGAGGACUUGCAAGCGCGUCUCCGUGUAUCGUCAACACCCAGCCCCUCCAAAUCUAGGCUAGGCGAUAAACGGCAGCGCGACCUACAGGACGAUAUCGAUAUGGCAGGGUCAGAAGAGGCUGACAACUCUGAUGAUACCAUCACCCUAGGCAACUCCAGAAGGCCUGCGCGGGCCACUGGCGUGCUCGGGCGAUCUUGUCUCGUCUUUGAGCCGUGGACUGGCAGCGCGCCAUUUAGUCUCACCUUGGCUGCCAACACAACAUCGCCAGCGCAAACCUUUACGCGUGUACCCGCGCUCACGGUCCUUAUUGGUAUUAUCUCGUACUCUUCUAGAUACAUUUGCCCCCCGGGCGACCAACGUGUUCUCCACGAGCCCUGGAUGGCCGGCAAAAAGCCCCAGAAAAUCGCCAACGGUACUAGUAGCACGAAUGGGCAUGCCAUAUAUCAUAAAGACGCAUCUUCGUCUUAUCUAUUUACACUGGGGCUUGUAUUCGGUGGCUGCUGCAGUAAUGCAUGGACACUCGAGAAGUUACUAAUGCACGAUUCAAGUGUUGGCUCAGCACUUACGGUCUUGCAACUCUGCUUUGUCGUGAUUUAUUACCUCCCGACAUUUCUUCAUUUCCAGCAUAAUGUAUCCUACCUCAGAUGGCUCCCUCAAUUAGAGCGUCCGACUGUAUCCCUACAAGUUUGGGGGCUGCAAGUUCUUGUCCUUGCCUCGAUGAAUCUGUUCAACAAUUGGACCUUCGUAUAUAAGAUACCUCUUACACUACAAAUCAUCUUUCGCUCCUCUGGUCUCGCCGUUUCCAUGAUAUUCGGAUAUUUAUUCCUAGACAAACGCUACACAUCUAAGCAAAUAUUUUCUGUAAUUCUUGUGUCCAGUGGAGUCGCAAUUGCCACGCUUUCUAGACCAGCGCCUUCAGUAGCCAGUGACGAAUAUUAUGACGCCUCUGGGUACUUCAAAGGUAUCAUUGUCAUGACGGCAUCUCUCUUUCUUGCGGGUAUCCUUGGAACCCUUCAAGAGAAGACUUACCACAAAUACGGCCCAACUGUUUGGAAAGAGGGUCUUUUUUAUACGCAUGCAUUGGCACUCCCCGUGUACCUCGCCAUGUCGAGAGACGUCUGGUCCGGUCUUUCGACACUUGCAAGGCAUGCAAAGGUGGACCCAUCUCCCAUUCCUGCCAUCUACAUUACAGUGGCGAUCAACGUGGUCGCUCAAGUCGGCUGCAUAUCGGGUGUCAAUCGUCUUGCUUCGAGUGUCUCCUCUGUACAAACAAAUCUGAUUUUGACCGCCCGAAAGGCUCUAAGUCUCAUCCUUAGCGUGCUCCUGGGAAAUCAGUGGAACAAAGGCCUUGGUUUAGGUGGAGUUCUUGUAGCCGUAGGCACCGUCAUGUACAGCUGGCGUGUAGAUUCGGAGAAGGAUGUAGACAAGAAGCGUCGAUAA